AAAUGCUCACCAUACCGACAUGCUCUGACUCGGAUUGCAAGGCCAAACACAUCAACUCCACAGGAGAACAGUUGAGAAGCCCCCGUUCGAGUGCGCGUACUUGCCGCCUGCCCGGCAACCAAUCACACCAGCUUGUCAUCUGAACUUGUCGAUCUUAGAAGAAGCAAACGACGAGAGGACAAGAGGGUAAUCAAGAAAAAAAGCCUCCGGUUUCACGCGGCAAAGGACGACGUUCGUCAUAGGCGGCGCGACCACGCCAGCAGUGCUGGGCCCGUCGCGAACAUCCGGUUGGAAGUACGGGCCGGAAUCAAAGCUUUUGAUUUGACGUUUUAUUGCUCACAGCCGUCCCUCUGCAUCUUGCACGAUUCACGAAAAGUCAGCGCAGCAGCAGACAUCGUAUUCGGCCUUUUUGUCAGGUGGGAGGUGCUGUACAAGGGCAACCGAAUGCUCAGGAUCCAUAAUUCUUCCAAUCCGCGGAUUCCAGGGACAAAAACGCAGGCUUGGCAGCCCAUUACAAAUAUAAACCAACAGCACCGCCUCCCAAAACUUUGAGUCUACCAGACAAUCCUGACGCACUUCGUCUUGGCCGUUUUGCGAGUACAAUAACACACGGAGAGUCACUGGGCUUUGCCCAGCGGAGACUCUUGUACUCUACCCUACGUCGCCUCAAUUUUCACCUGCGUUCGGGCUUCUCGCUUGCGCUGGCCAGAGCUGCCUCUGACCUCACCACCUCAUCGAACCCCAGUACCUGCCCGCCUCCAGACGCCUUGUUUCGAAACUUCCGUCAACCUGGGCGCCACUGACAUGUCUGCGCAACCUGCUUCGAGCACUCAGCCAGCCGCGUCGUCGUCUUCCGCAAACUCAACGUCAUCCGCCUCUGUCCACUCACAAGAUGGCAGCACUCACAGCGCCACUCCCGCCCAGAACCAGGUAACACUGGUCAAAGAGACGACUGUCAACGGUGAUGCCCGGCAACGUCCACAACCCAUCAAGAAGCCGUCGAUGACAUCGAGGAUCAGCGGCAUGUUCAGGACGAAGGGCGACGACUCGUCUCGUGACGCCUCAAGGACCAACCUGUCUGAGAAGUUGAAGGAGAUGAGCGUUGCAGAGGAUUCUGCCCAGCGCCUGGCAGUUGUCGAGAAUGGCAGGAACGCACCCUCAUCGGAUCCUCCUAGCCGCCAAAAUUCAACCAAGAACGCUCGGCCCGGCGGAAUGAGCGCUGACUCGAAAGCCAAGGUUGGCGCAGGCUCUGAGCCUCCAAAGAAGGUGGAUGAGCACGGCGUGCCAAAGCGUUUCUGGAUAACGCCUGACGGCCUACAUGAGCAUCAGCUCAAAGUCAACAAGCGGAACCAAAAAUUAAAGGACAUGUUACGGGGCUUGUUCGACAAGGGCAAGCCUAGCGAAGAACAGCCCCUCACUCUCAUGGCAGAUUGGAUUGCCCAAAAGCGAACCGAAGAAAAAGCACCAUCGGAUCUCAAAGGCGGCCCCGGGCAAUCUAGCUCGCUCGUUGAGAAGUACGGGAAAUGCCAGGAGAUCGUCGGUCACGGAGCUUUUGGAAUUGUCCGCGUUUCCCACAAGGUCGACGCCAAAGAUCCAAGGCGCGAGCAACUAUUCGCUGUUAAGGAAUUUCGUCAGCGACCUGGCGAGUCAGCAAAGAAGUACCAGAAGCGUCUAACCUCAGAGUUUUGCCUCUCGUCGUCAAUGCAGCACCCAAAUGUGAUCCAUACACUUGAUCUCCUCCAAGACGAUAAGGGCGACUAUUGCGAAGUCAUGGAAUAUUGCGCUGGUGGCGAUUUGUACACCCUUAUCCUUGCUGCUGGCAGUCUAGAGGUCCUCGAAGCCGACUGCUACUUCAAGCAACUCAUGCGCGGCGUCGAAUACAUGCAUGAGAUGGGCGUCGCACAUCGUGACUUGAAGCCUGAGAAUCUGCUCCUCACGCAACAUGGAGCUCUCAAGAUUACCGACUUUGGCAACGGCGAAUGCUUUCGUAUGGCCUGGGAGCGAGAAGCUCACAUGACGGCUGGUCUUUGUGGCUCUGCUCCAUACAUUGCACCUGAGGAGUAUAUAGAGAAAGAGUUUGAUCCUCGUGCUGUUGAUGUUUGGGCAUGUGGAAUCAUUUACAUGGCUAUGCGUACUGGUAGGCAUCUAUGGCGUGUUGCUAAGAAGGGAGAGGACGAGUUCUUCACUCGGUAUCUCGAAGACCGCAAGGAAGAGACUGGCUUCCGGCCCAUCGAGGUUCUGAAAAGAGCGAGGUGUCGCAACGUUAUCUACUCUAUCCUUGAUCCGAACCCGUCCAGACGCUUGACCGCAAAGCAGAUCUUGCAGUCUGAGUGGGUCAAGGAGAUCAAAGUCUGCAAGGCAGGAGAGGAAGGUUAUUAAGUUCUCUCCCGAACAUUAAUGGUAAUACCCGUGCAAGGCGUCAUAAACACUACAACUGAUGGACAGGCGCAAACUGUACGACUUUUACGAAUGAGCCAUGAUUAGCCGCUGAAAACCGGCGGCAUGACCUCUAUUUCGAGAAGCACGAACAGGUUCGGGUUUCCGAUGGUGACAGAUACCCUUCUCUCCAGAUCCUUACCUACUGUUAUUUUUUCUUUAUCACGCAAGUCACUUCUGCUUCAUGUAACUGGCGGCAUCAUUGUUUGGCGUUUAUACUGUUGCUCGUGGCGGCUUCUGGAUCACAACCAUGACUACAAAUGCAAUCGCUAGAGCAGCAAAGCAGAUAUGAAUUAUGUAGAGCUGGGUGGAAAUGAAUGCUUUGCCUUUUGCAAAAUAGAUUGGAUUGCAACAGUCGUUCUCGUCUCGUCCAUGACCCAUGUCUGAAAGAGGUGCAAUUCCCACCGUAGAACGGAGCAGAGCUUGCAAACUUGAGCUCCUCGUCAACAGACUCAUUGCACCGGCAGAGAAGUUUGCGUUAACAACUCAUGAAAACACAUUCGCGUCUAGAGAGUGAUUUUUUACUGUUUCACGAUAUUGAUCGAAGGUUUC